GCGGCACGGUGGUGUAGUGGUUAGCGCUGUCGCCUCACAGCAAGAAGGUCCUGGGUUCGAGCCCCGGGGCUGGCGAGGGCCUUUCUGUGCGGAGUUUGCAUGUUCUCCCCGUGUCCGCGUGGGUUUCCUCCGGGUGCUCCGGUUUCCCCCACAGUCCAAAGACAUCCAGGUAAAUUAGUGUCUUGGGGGGGGAAAAAAGGAAAAGAUGAGCAAUCCACUUCGAGGAGAAGUUAUCAGAUUGUACAAGAACCUUCUCUUUCUUGGAAGGGAAUAUCCAAAAGGCACGGUUUACUUCAGGGAGCGCCUAAAAUCAGCUUUUCUGAAGAACAGAGAUGUCACAGACCCAGAGAAGAUCCGAAAGCUUAUUGAUCGAGGGGAGUUUGUGAUUAAGGAACUUGAGGCCCUUUAUUUCCUCAGAAAAUACAGAGCCAUGAAGAAACGCUAUUACGAACCAGAACAGUGAUGCCAUCAGGUCUCUUCUAUUGGUCAAAUGCUAUAUUGUGGAUGAAGCAUUUUUUAAGAUAUUUUCUUGUGUUGACAAGGAGCAUUUGGAGAUGAAAAAGCUAUUUCAGGCUUAUGUUUUGUCCCUUUGAAGAUGAAUAUUACAGUAUUAUUGGUUGAUGCAGGAUGUGUAUCCAUUGUACAGAUCAGAAUGUCCAACCUGCCACGUCAUAACUUAAGCAGUAAAACAAGGACUGUGUAAUUAUGAUUCUUUUUAAUGGAAAAAAGCACCGUAUCACUACCAGAACAGACACUAUCCUGAUCUGAACAAAGACUGUUCUCAAUUGCCACUGAUUCUUUAAAUAGUUCUUUAUAUGUGAUGGUAGAUAAGAGCAAAUGCAGCAAUAAAUGAAUAGAUUAGUCA